AUGGAGCGCUGCGCGCGGCCGCCGCGGCUGCUGCUGCUCGGCCUGCUGCUCUGCGCCGCCGGGGCCGAGGACCGGAUCACCUCGGACCGGAUCACCUCGGACCGGCUCACCUCGGACCGGAUCACCUCGGACCGGAUCACCUCGGACCGGAUCACCUCGGACCGGUACGCGGUCUACUGGAACAGCUCCAACCCCAGGUUCUCUCGGGGCGAGUACACCGUGGAGGUGGCCAUCAACGACUACCUGGACAUCUACUGUCCGCACUACGAGUGGGCGGAGCCUGAGGAGCAGGUGGAGCAGUACGUGUUGUACAUGGUGAACUACGACGGCUUCUCCACCUGCGACCAGCGCCGCACCGGCUUCAAGCGCUGGGAGUGCAACCGGCCGCGGAGCCCCAAGGGGGCGCUGCGGUUCUCCGAGAAGUUCCAGCUGUUCACCCCGUUCAGCCUGGGCUUCGAGUUCAGGCCGGGACACGAGUACUACUACAUCUCGUCUCCACAUCUCAACCUGGAUGAUAAUCUGUGUCUGAAGCUGAAGAUCUACGUGAAACCAGCCAACGACUCGGUGUACGAGUCUCCGGAGCCCUUCCUGACCGACGACACCACCGGCGGCUGCAGCCUCGCUCUUCCUCGCCGCUCCCUGCUGUCGGCCAUGUUGCUCCUCCUCCUCGCCUCCUCGUAGCACAUCCUCCUCUUCUUCUUCUUCUUCCUCCUCUUCCACUUGGACAGAUCUCCGUCUGCCGGUCGCCCUGAGGAGAAAACCUGAGACAGGAAUCAAUGCCCUCCUCGGCCUCUGACCUCACCUAAACACCACCAGCUCAGCCAAUCAGAAGAGGCUGAGGCCACUGGUGGGUGGAGCCUGGAGCUGCCGAUUGAGCCACCACUCUGUGGAUGUUUUUGUUCUGAGAAGGUCCAGCUGUUCAUCCUAAAUCUACAGAUCCCAUAAAGAGUUCAUAGUCGUAUGAAUGUGGCGUAGAAACUUUGUGAAUGCACAGAAAAACCACAGUAACUCAUUUCUUUGCUCGAAGUUUAACUUUUCUUCUGUGAUGUGGGAUUUAGAUAUGAUCCUUUGUUCCGUUUACCUUCAUCUGAGACCUACUGGAGGAGCUAACGUAGCUUCACAGACCUACUGGAGGAGCUAACGUAGCUUCACAGACCUACUGGAGGAGCUAACGUAGCGUCACAGACCUACUGGAGGAGCUAACGUAGCGUCACAGACCUACUGGAGGAGCUAACGUAGCUUCACAGACCUACUGGAGGAGCUAACGUAGCGUCACAGACCUACUGGAGGAGCUAACGUAGCGUCACAGACCUACUGCACAAGCUAACGUAGCUUCACAGACCUACUGGAGGAGCUAACGUAGCGUCACAGACAGAUGUGACGAGCUAACAUAGCUUCACAGACAGACGGGACAACCAAAUAUAACUUCACAGACCUACUGGACUAGCUAGUAUAACUUCACAGACCUACUGGACUAGCUAGUAUAACUUCACAGACCUACUGGACGAGCUAACGCAACUUCACAGACCUACUGGACUAGCUAGUAUAACUUCACAGACCUACUGGACGAGCUAGUAUAACUUCACAGACCUACUGGACUAGCUAGUAUAACUUCACAGACCUACUGGACGAGCUAACGCAACUUCACAGACCUACUGGACGAGCUAGUAUAACUUCACAGACCUACUGGACUAGCUAGUAUAACUUCACAGACCUACUGGACGAGCUAACGCAACUUCACAGACCUACUGGACUAGCUAGUAUAACUUCACAGACCUACUGGACGAGCUAACGCAACUUCACAGACCUACUGGAGGAGCUAACGUAGCUUCACAAACCUACUGGAGGAGCUAACGUAGCUUCACAGACCUACUGGAGGAGCUAACGUAGCGUCACAGACCUACUGGAGGAGCUAACGUAGCUUCACAGACCUACUGGAGGAGCUAACGUAGCUUCACAGACCUACUGGACUAGCUAGUAUAACUUCACAGACCUACUGGACGAGCUAGUAUAACUUCACAGACCUACUGGACUAGCUAGUAUAACUUCACAGACCUACUGGACGAGCUAGUAUAACUUCACAGACCUAUGGGACGUCCCAAUACUUAUAAACAAACAAUAAUAAUUCAUUGUUCAACCGGAUCAGGACGUUGAGGCUCACUUGUGUGACUGUAAUCGUCUUCAGGUUUGAAUACAAAAAUUAUAAUCAGAAAAAACUUUUUAAAAUUUAGUUUUAGAUUUAGAUGGACUUUUAUUUCUGUAAAUCAGCCAAAGACUUUUCUAGCAGCUACAGUGGUUGUCGUGGCAACAACAGGAGGAGGUGGGGCUAUGCGAGGAGGUGCUGUUUUUUAUUUUUAUAAAUCGUGUUUUUGUUGUCAAUAAAAUAAAAACUAAUGUUAUGCGCAACACUAAAAUGAACCAAUCAAAAAUGGCCUUUUCCCCACUGGUGCUGAAUUUCUAGUGACUGACUGACGUGUUUCUGUGUGGUCCUUUCUUUAUUAGUCUUCAUCUUCACCACAUGGAGGACGAGCACGGCAUGCUGGGAAAUAUAUUCAACAAAAGCACUGAGAGGAGGCAGUAGAAACUGACUGUGCUUCUUCUUCGUUGGUACAAAAAGAGUGAACCUUUAAGUUUUUAUUUUAUGUUUGUGCCAUUUUUCUGAUCAAUAAAUGCAGUAGAAAAUUCAUAUGAGAUAUGAGUUCCUUAAGGAGUCAGAUGUUUGUUGUUGUUGUUUUUCUCCUUUAUGUCCCUGCUUGCAUCGCAAUGCAUUCUGGUACUUGUAGUCCUGUGCUUCCUGUUUCAUUUUCAUGGCGUAUAUAAAUGUUAAAGCAUCGCGAGGAAACCAUUCUGAUGCUGGUUUUGUGAGAGGAGUGAGACCUCCUGCUGCCUCUGGUUUCAUGUUUUUCUACAUCUGUAAAUAUUCUCUGAAAGACGAAAGAAAAUGUGGUUUUGUAUAUUUUCUUAUUGGAUGCUUAUAAAGUCCUGUUAAAGAAUGCAUUUAUCUGAUUGGCCGAAGAGCUAACGAGGGGUCAGAGGUCAUCAGGCCUUUUCAGGACUUCCUUAUUUUCUGGCCGCAUGAGAAGGAAAAAAUAAACGUAAAAAUAAAUGUACUGAACUUACUUAGAAGACGAUUUCAA